GUAAUAUGAAAAAGUUAUUUAAAUUUCACUUCACGUUGUCCUUUUGAAUCCUCGCAUUAAUAAAAUCGUUUUCAGUGGAAAUAUCAGCAGCAAGAAAUAGAAAAUACUAACAGCAAGAUUUUUUUUUAAUGCCCAUAAGAAGAAGCUUGGAAAUUGACACUUGGUUGCUAGGCACGUUUUACAGCUUUGCUGUUUACCAUGGACCAGAGAUAAUUUUCCUUAUGGAGAAUUUACAAGUUUCCAGAUGCAUUAUGCUGAAGAUAGCCAGGAUCCAGUACAAGGUUGGUGUCCCACUACAAAGCAAGGGCCUGCCACAACCAGAUGCAUGUUUCAAUGACAUCGAAAGACUCACCUUGGACUCAUCGCUGACUUGUCAACCAGAGCUCCAAUAUCUGAGUUUGUCAAGAUCUCAAAGGACGUGGAGUGUAUUUGUAUCAUCAUAUAAAGCACGUGAAAUUAUGGUUUUCUCUGUGAAUUUUUCUAAAAGCAUACUUUGA